AAAUAUUAGUGAGGUUGAAGGGCUGAGAUCGACUUGACUUAGACAAGUGAAGUGACUAACACACCCCAUUAAUCACUUGAUCUUAGGCCAAGGAGAGGGAAAAUGAGAAGGUGGGAAUGGGGAAACCUCUCACUCUAGCAGUCUAGCUCAAACUUUGUCAGUGCAGGAGCCUUCUCCGCCAUUUCUUUCUGGUACGGUUUCAUCAUGUUCGGGAGAGAAUCGGCUCGCAAAGAGCUAGGCAACUUGAUCGACGAUCUCCGCCGCGGCGGUGAUUCCUCCUCCUUUGGUCUUCCUCAACAUUCUUGAUCUUGCCGACGGUGACGAGAAUUGGCUCACAUGUAUCUAUGCAAUUGUAUCGACAAUCUUCAGUGGCAGUGGUACCUCUCCGACCUCCGCCCAUUCUCCUCCACGUUCCCGAUUGUACAGGCAUCGAGUCACAACCCAAGGAGAUGUACUAAGGAUUCCUACGACCUGAUUUGUCGGUGUAGACAAGGUCCGGGUUCUUGCUGAUCUCUUCAAGCACCCAUGGAGGUAGGGGAAUUCUGAAAUUCCAUUUCCAGAAGGAAGAAGGAAAAAAGGAAAGGUGCAGCCUCCUUUUUUCAAGUCCUCAGCUUCAAAAUUGGUGACGCUCCAUAUCAACCAAGAGGGGACAAAUCUAGGUGAGUUGAGUUUGCAUGUUUUAGUUUUUGUUUGUGGAUUUUCAAUUCCAAUCUUCCUCUUUUUUUCUUCUUUUGGUGUUCUCUUUUGCGGAGGAGGAAACGAGAGGAGGCAGAAGAAAGGCAUGUGAAGUACGUCUUAGUUUUAUGUAUAUUGUUGUUACCAUACUAUACCAUGGUGGUAUUGUGUGGUAAUUAGAUGUAUAUUGUGGUUACCAUACUAUACCAUAUGGUAAUGUGUGGUAACUCGAUGUAUACAAUAUGGUUACCAUAUUUUACCAUGAAAGUAGAGUGUGGUAAUCGACAUCAAUUCAGAGAAAGGAGAUUCAGAAGACAGUGAAGGGGACAAGAAACCGAACAAAGUUGUAAUUAUAUAUAUACCACACUAUACCGUAUGGUAAUGUGUGGUAACUAAAUGUAUUUUUAUGCAUACCAUGUUUUACUAUGGUCGUAGAUGGUGGU